AUGCGCUUUAAUGACAACCGUUGGACCAGAGCCGUAAGCGACUGGGUUCCCCGCGAUAUGAAGCGCACUACAGGAAGACCGCCGACCCAAUGGUCAGAUUUCUUCACGAAGUCCUUCAAAGAAAAAUAUGAUGCUCUUCAUGUCCCACGCGAAAGGAGGAACCACUGGGCUACUCUGGCAUACGAUCAGGACAAAUGGAAGAAUUACUGGCGCCCGCUCGACCAGUUCGAAGAUCAACGGGAGCCAAGGUGA